CCCCCCUCUCACGAGCACGCACUCUCGACAAGGAGCACGCGCUUCCUUCGUGCUGAUGCGGCGACGGGCGGCGGCAGGCGGCGGGCGCGCGCCCGCAUCCAGGCGGGCCGCCUCCCCCCCCACCACCAGCCCGCCCGCCGCCCAGCCCUUUCGCUUCGCGGCGGCAGCCGGCGGGGCGGGUCGCGCGCCGCAGCCCGCCGGGAGAGAUGCCGCGAUGACCGUCGGCCGCGGGAGGGGCCAAUGAAGCGGCGCGGCGCCCCGGUGUUGCUGUGGGCCGCCGUGGCCCUGGAGGUCGCGGCGCGGCCCGCCUCGGAGGGAAGGGCGCCGCUGCUGCGCCGCGGGCAGCUUCGGGAGGCCCUGCCCCAGCUGGGCGCUGCGGCCGCGGCGAGGCAGCCACGGAUGCCGCGGCCCGUGCAGAUGUCGUACUGGGGCGACUUCGAGGAGCGGAACGCUGGUGAUGCCUGCAAGCCGAAGUGCAGGUGGUCCUGCGAGGCACCGGAGUGUUCCGAGGUGUGCAACAUCACCUGCGCCCCGGCGCUGUGUGCCACCGCCUGCCCCCCCGUCGACCAGCGCUCGUGCAAGACGGUGUGCCCGCCGCCGAACUGCAAGACCUUCUGCUCGGGAGGGGCAACUGCGUCGCCCUGGAGCGGCGGACGUCCCCGUGCGCGGAGGCGGACUGCCGCACGGAGAGUGCGACCCGCCGCACCCCCUCUGCAGGUCGGAGUGCGACGUGCACUGCGAUUCCCGGUGCGCGGCGCCGGUGUGCCGGUUCUCGUGCCACGAGCCGAAGGACUGCCCGAAGCCCGAGUGCAGGCUGAAGUGCGAGAAGUCGUCGGCCCUCCAGAGGUCGGCGAGCGGCUGCCGACGUUCCCCGAGGGCAUGAGCACGGACGGUUUUCCCAAAGCCCUCUCCAAAGUGAACUUCCUGGUGCCCGCCGCGCUGAUGGCUGCCGCUCCGCCUCCCCCGCCAGGACCAGCGCCCGAGCCAGCGCCGGCGCCAGCCCCGCUCCCGGCCCCGACGCAGCUCAUCAGAUAGCCUGUCGGCCAUGAAGAA